CUUCCCUUUGAUAUGGGAGCCAAGCAAAAGAAAUUUAACUCAGCGUUGUUCUUUAUAUUAUGGAGGAACAAAAGAAUGUGAAGAUCUGAGAUGGUAGCCAAAGCUCAAAAGAGUGAAGAAUGGACCCGCUCUGUUUGGCGGGGAACCAAGAGCGGUACCUCAAGGCUCAAACGUCUCACUCAUCGAUCCAUAUCAACAUCAACGACCACAUCAAAACAGGACAUCUCAGAAGAAAAGGACGUAGGAAUUGCACUCAGCAGGUCGAAAAUAGAUAUCUCACAAAUAAUUUAUCCUCCAAGCAUGGCGACAGCAGUGGAAGCACCGAUACCGCCUCAAGUCGAGAACGUGGCGCCGCAUGCCAAACCCCAAGAGUUAUCAUUCCCCCUUCCAAAGGCGUUGCAUACGACCGCACACGUCCAUCUCACCCUCUUGGACACAUGUGCAACAGUAUUUCUGGCGACGUCGACCCCGGGUGACGCGGCGGGGUCCGUGAAACCGAUGGGAAGCUUCGUUUACGCUAUGCCGGAUCGCACGAACCCUCGCAACACCAUAUCCACAACCCUAUACAAUCUCCCCGGAAGUGUGGAAUACACGACUCGGAUCGCUAAGAUCCUGGCUCGUCGCAUGAGGGUCCCAGUCUACGUGGGCUGCAGCAUUGAUCCGACGGCGCUGGGGUUAUUGGUCGAGGAAGAGAUGGCAGGGUUGACAAAGAUAGUGGAGGUAACUAUGCAGCGGUGGGAAGAAUCCAGGAAAUGAGAGAAUGAAGAGAUCAUAUGGUUGCGGGUAGUUGGUAGUAUUGAUGGAGUAACGAUAUCGGACUCUGGAGUCAGCACUUGCCCUUUUUGGUCUGUUAAUCUUUUCUUUCUCUUAAUAACUCCUGGUUGUUUUUCCCCCCCUCAUUUCAUUUCGAUGGUUUCAUAAG